AUGAGCACUCUACGCUCUUCCUUUAAUCCGGCUGCCUGGGAUUUCAAACCUCGCCAGGCAGAGGGAUGGCCGAUGCCAGCCGAUGUCAAGGCCAGUCCUAGUGCAUGCGAUACACAGAAGAGUACACUUCCCGACAACAAUGUCAGUACAUGGCAGCCAAUUCCGCCAAUUCCCGAAGGGUGUCCUGGGAACGCCAGCUACGAGGAACUAAGACUGAAAGAUUACAACCAGGGCAAAGGCAAGCUUAAUGUCAAUGGUGCUGCCACCUUUAAGCCCUCUACUGUACCCAGCGUUUCCUUUCCAGCCGGCGUCUCAAGUUCCAAUAAGAAGAUACUAGACCUACUUUGUGGGAGUGGAAUUGACAUACAUAUCGGCAACUCAGAAUUACCAUGUGAUCAGUGGUCGCUCCCCAUCAAUCUCAUCUCACAUUAUUCGCUUUACUUGAAAGCAGCCUCUACACCGAACGAUGAGGGACCUAUUGCGAAAGUCAAUCUGCCUGAGCACGAUGCUGCUGUAUUUGGCCUCUUUGUUGAAUGGAUGUACUACGGGAGAUAUGAUGCUACAUCAACAGCAGCCGAUCCUCAUAUUCAUGGAAAGUGCUGGAUCCUUGGCGAUAAGCUUCAGUGCCCUGAGUUCAAGAACUAUGUUAUGGGCCUUCUCUAUACUCAACAUAUAACUCUUGCAUUCGCCAAAAGUAUAACGAGAGAGGAGGUGCAGUACGUUUGCGACAAUACAUCGUCUAAUGCGAAAUUAAGACAGUUCUAUGAGAAUUUUGUCGUUAAAUAUUACGCUACUACAGACAGAUUGCAGGGGUCUACGGAAGAAUGGGAUGCACUUUUCCAGAAACAUUCAGCAAUGCGAUUUGCUCUGCUUCAAAGCAUGAGACACGGUUUUACGGGAGGAAGUCUCAUGAGAGACGUCUCUGAGUACCUGGAGCCUACUGAAGGUCUAUUAAAGCCAGAUAUCAAACCAGCUGAGGGUUUGUUGAACCUGGAUCCCAAGCCAACUGAUCGUCUGUUGAAACCAAAUCCUAAGUUAGAUGAAGAUUCAACUACAUCACCGACCAACGAAGAGACAGGUGAGCCAGCGCAGCCCGUCAAGCUUAAAGAUGGACUUCAGUGGACGUUUGAUCCAAAGCUAGAUAAAACUGCUUCUGGAUCGCCUUCCAGCAUUGAAAUAGAGGAAAAGGAAGAGAAGGAGAAGGAGGAAGAAAAGGAGACUCAGACUAUUGUUGAUCACCAAGUUCAAGAUGAAGUGCGCGGAGGCGCUUCUAUUAUGCAUCAUGCGCCUCAGGUUGAUAUUGGAUCCCUCAGCAUCAUCAAGGGAAAUGAGCAAGAGGAUACUGACGAGACUCUCGUCAAUGUUGCCCUGGGACCCAAGUCCAAGAAGAAGAAGUGGAGACAUUGCAAGGCAAAAGGCCACUUGGUGAACAAAACGCUGGAGCUCAGUGUCAGAGACGAUCAGCAGAUAGAUUAUUCUUCGUCUGGGCAUGAAUCUGAACAGGUCAGCACUGAACAGACCGAGGCUGAAGCAGCACCAGAGUCAGCCGAGGAUGAGGAUAAUUUCAGUACUGACAGUGAACCAGACAGCUUUGCAGACCUCGUCAAGGCAAAUCGUGAGAGGCAGGAGACAGGGUUGCCAAACGUGUAG